AUGGAUAUCUUGGAAAACAUUCCGAGAGUUAGAACAGAUGGACCUCCAUACUGGUUUAUAUUUGUCGGUCAAAACACAAGAUACUGUGAAGCCAUACCAUUAUGGUCCAAAAAUAUUUUAGAUGUGAAAACUGCUUUGACAAUAUUCGUUGACAAAUACCAUCCAACAAAACUGACAUCUGACUGUGAAAGUUCUUUCAAAUCAGACGAUAUUAAAAACUAUCUGCGUUCAAAAAAUGUAAACCAAUAUUUCAUUGUCGACCAAAACCAUUCUGCUCUUGGUGUCAUUGACAGUUGUAUAAAAAUCUUAAGAGACUUAAAUCAACCACAAGGUGGUGAGGUAGAUGAAAUGUCAUAUGACGACAAGUAUAGACAUUUCUCCAUGGCAAAGAUGAGACAAGUUUUAAAUAUUUACAAUAGCCGUAAACAAAAAGGUUUGGGAAACCACUCCCCCGAAGAAAUGAAAAACAAACCCGACUUAGAGAAAGACUAUAUAUUUAAUAGUUUAGUCAAAAGAGACAAACAAGAAAGAAUGCCAGGCUUCAAACUUAAGAAAG